AAUAAAGGACUGCUGUCUCAAACUGACUUUACUAACCUUUUGCUAAAGCGAAACGAAUUUAAUGGUGUGUUAAUAAGAGGUUAAGGGCGGAGGGAGAAGGUGAUAGGGAAGAGUGCUGCGCGCUCAAGCGGGAGUGCGCACGGAUAGCAAAUCGGUCGGAGCCUGGAGUCGCGAGGAUGGAGGUCCGGCCAGAUAGGUUUAAGAUCGUCGCUGCUAGGACCCUCGGUAAAAUAAACAAGGUCCUAGAGAAGCGACAGGAGAAUGGCGAGACCAUCGAGCUGUCCGCCGAGGGCCGCCCCGAGCUGGUGGAAGAGAAGGAGCUCCCCGUGGUGGACUGCACCUGCUUCGGCCUGCCCCGCCGCUACAUCAUCGCCAUCCUCUCCGGGCUGGGCUUCUGCAUCUCCUUCGGCAUCCGCUGCAACCUCGGCGUGGCCAUCGUCAGCAUGGUCAACAACCACACGGUCUACCGAGACAACAAGGCGGUGCUAGUGAAAGCUCAGUUUGACUGGGACCCCGAAACGGUCGGGAUGAUCCAUGGGUCCUUCUUCUGGGGGUACAUAGUAACCCAGAUCCCGGGAGGGUUCAUCUGUCAGAAGUUUGCAGCAAACAGAGUGUUUGGCUUUGCCAUUGUGGCCACCUCAACUCUGAAUAUGCUGAUCCCCUCUGCGGCGCGGGUUCACUUUGGCUGUGUUAUCCUUGUCAGGAUAUGUCAAGGACUCGUGGAGGGGGUUUCUUACCCAGCCUGCCAUGGAAUCUGGGCCAAAUGGGCGCCUCCGCUCGAGAGAAGUCGAUUGGCAACAACGGCCUUUUGUGGCUCAUAUGCUGGGGCUGUGAUCGCCAUGCCUCUGGCUGGGGUGCUGGUUCAGUACUCGGGGUGGUCCUCCGUGUUCUACGUGUACGGUACCUUUGGAAUCCUCUGGUAUUGCUUCUGGAUCCUGGUGUCGUACGAGAGUCCAGAGGCGCACCCCACCAUCACAGAGGAAGAGAGGUUGUACAUCGAAGAGGCCAUUGGGUCGGUUAACAAUGCCGUCCCCGUGACCAAAUUCAACACACCUUGGAGGGCCUUCUUCACCUCCAUGCCAGUGUACGCCAUCAUUGUGGCUAACUUCUGCAGAAGCUGGACCUUCUACCUGCUCCUCAUCAGCCAACCUGCAUACUUUGAGGAGGUCUUUGGAUUUGAGAUCAGCAAGGUGGGCCUGGUGUCCGCCCUCCCCCAUCUUGUUAUGACCAUCAUCGUGCCCAUCGGCGGCCAGCUGGCCGACUACCUGCGCAGUAACAACAUCAUGUCCACCACCAACGUCCGCAAGAUGAUGAACUGUGGAGGCUUCGGGAUGGAGGCCACCUUCUUGCUCGUGGUGGGGUUCUCCCACACCAAGGUCAUAGCCAUCACCUUCCUCGUCCUGGCUGUCGGCUUCAGUGGGUUCGCCAUCUCAGGUUUCAACGUGAACCACCUGGACAUUGCUCCUCGAUAUGCCAGCAUCCUCAUGGGCAUCUCCAACGGUGUGGGGACGCUCUCUGGAAUGGUGUGCCCCCUUAUUGUGGGCGCCAUGACCAAACACAAGACGCGGGAAGAGUGGCAGUAUGUCUUUCUCAUUGCUUCACUCGUUCAUUAUGGAGGUGUUAUAUUUUAUGGGAUCUUCGCCUCUGGGGAGAAGCAAGCCUGGGCUGAGCCGGAGAACCUCAGCGAUGAGAAGUGUGGAAUUCUGGGGGAGGAUGAGCUAGCGGACGAGACCGAGGAGUUGUAUCGUACCAGCGGAGGAGGAGGAGGAGGAGGCUACGGGGCUACAGAUCCUAACGGAGGAGGAGGAGGAGGAGGCUGGGUGUCGGACUGGGACAAGACAGAGGAGUACGUCCAACCGACCGGAACGAAUAGCUACCUGUACGGAGGGGAGGACGACAGGGACCUCUCGUAGGGCGGCCGGACGGGGAUUGUACUGGGAGGAGUGGAGCGGUGAGGCAGAGACGGUGUGACGCGUUUAGAGAAAAGGUUUCGACAGGGGAGUGUGAGGAAGAGGAAAGGUGGAUGGCUGGAUGGGGUGUGCGAGAGAAAGGCUGGUCAGCGAGUCUGAUCUAAGAGUCGUGUCUGCGAUAUGACAGAUGUGACCAUUGUAUGGACAUAGAAGGAGUCUGAGCUGUAUCGGAAAAAGAGUGUGUGUGUAUGUGUGUGUGUGAGUGUUGCAUGGGUGUGUG